AUGAGGAGGAAAUGCAAGUUCUCUUUACUACCAAGCUUGAAGAGAGGAGUAAUUGUAUAUGCUUAUGAUUCUAAUCCUACGGAAUCCGAUUCUUAUAGACAGGAAAGCACUAGUUUGCGGAUUAAUGAGGUGGAACCAUUUCGUGGGAAAUCAGGUUCCAUUUCAUUUGUUGGGGUGACUCAUCAGUUGGUUGAAGAAAGUAAAUUAGUGUCAGCUCCUUCUGCAGAAAGCACUGGCUCGUUUCUCUGGGCGUGGGCUCCUAUUUCCCUGAUUUCAUCACUGGUCAUUCCGCAGCUCUUUGUUGGUGCUGCAAUUGAUGGCUUCUUCGGUGAUGAGAUCCUCUCAGGUGUGUGGUCCAUUAGUUUUCAUUUAGGCCCGUCUGCAAAUGGCAAAAUGUAG